GCCGGCUUCCAAGGAAGGCAUUGCCAUUGCCCGCGCAGCGUUAAUAGUCGGUUGUUGUUCUUGGCGUUUACCCACAUUUGAAAAAGGUGCGAAAAGCGAAAAAGACAACGACGCAUUGAAAAUUGUGUGAACGACGCUGCCGAACUGAACAAUUGUUUUGCUCCGUAUAAAAAACAGUAAAAAUGCCUCGCGCAAAAGUGCAAAAAAAGCAAGUAACGCCCGUCGAGCUGUCAGCAACAAAUGGCAUCGAAGUGGCAUCUGCAACUGCAGCUGCCAGCGACGCCGCUGAUGCUUCUGGGCAACCACUGAAAGGCAGAGCGCGCGGCAAGACGGCGGCGGUAUCUGCUGCUAGCCCGCCCGAAGAUACCAAUGAUGUACAGAAAGCUGAAACUGUUGUGGCAAAGAAAAUUACCUCAAGAGGCAAACGAAAGGCAACUAACGAAAAAGAAGCUGAAGUGAAGGAGCCACUUAGGGAUGACUUUUCUGCUACAGAUGACUUACCCUCAUCCUCCGUUGCUGUUAAAGGUAGGGCACGCAGCAAGAAAGUGGUUGCCCCCAAAGCGAAUGACAUUCUGGAUUCAAAGGAACUGAAAGUGCAAGAGGAUGUUGUAAAAAAAAGUGCGGGACGCGGUAAAGCAAAGCUACCAGAAGAGCCCGUGGAAAUUGGAGAUGCUGCACCGCCCAAGCCAAGAGGACGUGCCAAAAAACCAACAACUGAGGCAGUUGAAGAGGAAAUUGUAGCUAAACCCACAAAGUCUCGGGCCAAAAAAGAGAUUACCUUAGCCCCCGUAGAGCAUACAGUAAGUAAAGGCAAGGGACGCGCUAAAAAAGCGGAGACAAACCCUCAAACGGAAGAAGAUACAGUAAGCAAGGACUUGGCGCCAGAAGAGACAGUGGAGCGCAGUGCCAGCAAAGGCAAAGGACGCGCUAAGAAGACAGCCGACACAAAAACGCAGGCCGGAGAAGUCCCUGAAGUGGCGAGCAAGGACUUGAAGCCGAAAGCGCGAGGACGCAAAAAGGAGCUCGCAGAGAACGUGGACAACGAACUAAUCGCUGCCACGGAACAUGCUGAUAAAGAUGUAAAAGAGGCCAAAAAGGAAAGCACUGAGACUUCAUCAGCAUCGGGUAGCGAAACUGCCCCAGCAACGAAGAAGCGUGGGCGGGGCAACAAACGUCUGGCAGAUACGGAAAUAUCCGAAAUUCUAGAGGAAGAUGGGGUUGUGGCGCCACCACAGUCGGAGACUGAAGUAAAAGCUGUAAGCAAGGAAACGACUGGUAAACGUAAGAAUGCUAAUGAUGACAAAGUUGAAGUGCCGGCGAAGAAACGUGGCAAAAAAGCUAUGAAUGGAGAUGCAGAUGAUCAGCCACAAGUCAAAGAGGUUGCUGCAGCACCAGCGGCCAAGAAGCGCGCCCCAAAACGAGCCACAAAUGAUGACCAAAAUGAAGAUCCGGCUCCAGCAGCAAACAAACCACCUCGAGGUCGCAAGCGAACAGCCGCCGAGACUGAGGAUAAUAGUGAUGCUGUGGCAGUGAGUGAAGCAGACGGUUCAACAAGUACGUUGGUGGAUCCCGGUUGUCGUCUUGCUGUAUUGAAAAGUUUGCAAAACGUGAUCAACUUUUGUUUUCCAGCAUCCAAAACCAAAAAGCAAGCUGUACAAAAAACCGAUGCACCCGCCGCUGGCAGCUACGAUAAAACUCUUUUCCCACCGCCAACGGACAAAGAAUUUAAUCUCAAAGUCUCCAGCUGGAAUGUGGCUGGUUUACGUGCCUGGCUAAAGAAGGAUGGCCUCAAGUUCGUCGACUUUGAGGAGCCUGAUAUAUUGUGUUUGCAGGAAACAAAGUGCGUCACCGAUCAGCUUCCCGAUGAAAUGGCACGUCUGCCGGGUUAUCAUCCCUACUGGCUGUGCAUGCCAGGCGGCUAUGCAGGUGUUGCUAUCUACAGCAAGAUAAUGCCCAUAAAUGUAGAGUAUGGCAUUGGCAAUGAAGAGUUUGAUGAUGUAGGCCGUAUGAUCACUGCCGAGUAUGAGAAAUUCUAUUUGAUAAACGUUUAUGUGCCAAAUUCAGGGCGCAAGCUUGUCAAUUUGGAGCCACGCAUGCGCUGGGAAAAGCUGUUCCAGGCGUAUGUCCAGAAAUUAGAUGCCCUUAAGCCAGUUGUCAUUUGUGGCGACAUGAAUGUAUCGCAUUUGGAGAUCGAUUUGGCCAAUCCAAAGUCAAAUACACGCAACGCAGGCUUUACCAAGGAAGAGCGUGAAAAGAUGACUGAACUGUUGGAUCUCGGAUUUGUGGAUACUUUUAGGCACUUGUAUCCCAAGCAAACCGGAGCUUACAGUUUCUGGACUUAUAUGUCUAAUGCUCGCGCCCGUAAUGUUGGCUGGCGCUUAGAUUACUGCAUUGUUUCCGAGCGGUUUGUGCCACGCAUUGUUGACAAUGUGAUGCGGAGCCACUGUCUGGGCAGCGAUCAUUGCCCUAUUACAGUUUUUCUAAAUAUUUAAGUACUCGUGGAUACAAUAUUUGUUCAGAAUAUGUUGUUUGAUAAAACAAGUAACAUUUUAUUAUUGUCUUUUGUUCCCUGAAUAAUUCAAAUCUUUGUUUUUUGUUUAUCUUCUAUUUUGUUUAUUUUACAAUUACUAAAUUUCCUUAAGUAUUUUUUGUUUCACAAUUGAUUUUAUUAUUAUUUUACUGUAGAUGCUUCGAUUCCAUUCUGCUGUAAUACAAUCAAAUAAAAGUAUACCAAUUAAAUAAAGAAAAAACAGUGGACACGCUCUUUA